AUGCGCUUCUCAGACAGCCUCAUCCUCAUAGGACUCACCGGCCUAGCCGGAGCCCACCCUCAACGAAGAAGCCCCAAUGCUUCUCCCCUAAGCAAGCGUGCUAUCGACCUGGAGGCCUUCAAGUUGGCCCCUAUGGCAGAGUAUGUCACUCAGGAGGAACUUCCUGAGGAUGCCAGCGCCAAGGUCGUUACCAAGCGAGCUGACUACACCGAGACUGCCAAGGACCUCGUCAAGGCCACUUUCCCCAAGGCUGAGUUCCGCAUGGCCAAGGAUCACUACGUUGGAAGCAAUGGUAUUGCGCACGUCAACUUUAAGCAGACCGUCAACGGUGUUGAUGUUGACAAUGCUGACUUCAACGUCAACAUUGGUGCUGAUGGAGAAGUCUUCUCCUACGGAAACAGCUUCUACGAGGGCAAGAUGCCCGGUCCUCUAACCAAGCGUGACGAGAAGGACCCCGUCGAAGCUCUCAAGGACACCGUUUCGGUUCUCUCUCUUCCCGUCGAGGCUGACAACGCCAAGGCUGUCAAGAAAAGUGACAAGCACUACGAGUUCACCGGCACAUCUGGUACCGUCAGCAAGCCUCAGGCUAAGCUCACUUAUCUCGUCGACGACGGAAAGCUGAAGCUUACUUGGAGAGUUGAGACUGAUACUCUCGACAACUGGCUGUUGACCUAUGUCAAUGCUGCCAAGACUGAUGAGGUUGUUGGUGUUGUUGAUUACAACGCUGAGGCUACUUACGAGGUUUACCCCUGGGGUGUUAACGAUCCCGCUGCAGGAUCUCGCUCUGUUGUCAAGGACCCCCAGAACCUUGCCUUCUCGCCAUUUGGAUGGCACAGCGACGGCAGCAGCAACUACACCACCACCCGCGGCAACAACGGUAUUGCCCAGACCAACCCCUCUGGUGGAAGCGCCUACCUGAACAACUACCGCCCCGACUCCAAGUCUUACACCUUCGAGUACAAGUACUCUCUUACCGAGACAGACCCCACCAAGUACCGCGAUGCCUCUACCACUCAGCUUUUCUACACCGCCAACAAGUACCACGACGUUCUCCACGCUCUUGGUUUCGAUGAGAAGGCUGGUAACUUCCAGGCUAACAACAACAACGCUGGAGGUGUCGCCGAUGAUGCAGUUAUUCUUAUGACGCAGGAUGGAUCGCGCCUGAACAAUGCGCAGUUCUCGACUCCUCCUGAUGGUCUGCCUGGUCGCAUGAGGAUGUACCUCUGGGACACGAGUACUCCUAUGAGAGACUCUUCUUUCGAUGCUGGUGUUGUUAUCCACGAGUACACUCACGGUCUUAGCAACCGUCUGACUGGCGGUCCCGCCAACUCUGGCUGUCUUCCCGGUGGUGAAUCUGGAGGUAUGGGUGAAGGAUGGAGUGAUUUCAUGGCUAUCGCCGUUCAACUGCAACCCAAGGACACUCGCUCCGCUGUUAAGCCCAUGGGCGACUGGAUCUCCAACGAGCCCAAGGGCAUCCGCGCCUACCCCUACGCCACCAGCUUGACCACCAACCCCUUGACUUACAAGAGCGCCAACGGCCUGGGCAGCGUCCACGCCAUCGGCACGAUCUGGGCGACAGCCCUCUACGAGGUCAUGUGGAACCUGAUUGACAAGCACGGCAAGAGCGACGAUGAUAUGCCCAAGUACAACGGCCAGAUCCCUACUGAUGGAAAGUUCCUUUCCAUGAAGCUUGUCAUGGACGGCAUGGCUCUGCAGCCUUGCAACCCCAACAUGGUCCAGGCUCGUGAUGCUAUCAUUGAUGCUGAUACUGCUCUUACUGGUGGUAAGAACAAGUGUGAGCUGUGGAAGGGCUUUGCCAAGAGAGGUCUUGGUACGGCUGCUAAGUACAGCUCCUCUAGCCGAACUGAGAGCUUCACUCUGCCUUCUGGAUGUUAG